UCAAUUGGCGAAAGAAAAAGAAAAAGAAAAGGGGUAUCUGAUAUCAACAAGAUCGUCGAAGAAGAAUCCGUGCCGUCCUUAGGUCACAAAGUUCCUCUGCUCUUCUUCGCCUCUUGCCCUUUUUCUUGCACCGAUCAAGUGUUUGCUGAGUGCCGCCGCCUCUCCAUAUAUAUAGUCCUCUCUCCGUCGCUAAUCGUCGUCGAAUUCACCACGUUCCACCGCUGUUCCUGAUUUUUCCGUGUUCUCUCAUCAUCUCGCUACCGUCACUGUAUCACGUCGCCGUAUUCCAUUAUUUAGUUUUCUUGUUUUACUCUCGUCUUCCUUAAUUUGUAGAAAUCGUGGAGAGUCCAAUGGAUCCGCAGACGCACAACACUUGGUCGCCGCUAGUCGAAAACGUCGAGAAGGGAGUUAGCGAUAUGGAACUGGACGGAGGAGUUAUGGUAGAAGUCGUCGUCGAUUUCCCUUCAGGCAAUGACACUCAGCAAAUUGAUGUCAAGGAAAACCGGAAGAAUAUUGAUAUGUCAGGAGUGACCAGUAGUGAGUGUCGGAUCACCUUUUACGCACUAGCUACCGUAUUUGUCUUCCACAAUCUCGUUGGAUCUAUCUUAGUUAUAUGGUUCAACCUCUGCACCGACGCUGGCACCUUGCACAAGUUACUGUAUGUCUUCUUGUCUGCUGCAACCAUUCCAUACAUUGGUUUGCUAUUCAUUUGCUUGCGCAAGGAUGUUCCAGUCCCGAGUUAUCGGCUAGGAGCUGAGCGGCGGUCUGGGAUCUACCUAGCUACAAUGGUUGUCAUUUAUUGCAUAUCCUACGGCGUCCAGGACGCUGAGGUGAUAAUUGAAAUGUCAUCACUUGUGACUAUGACUACAAUAGGAGUCAUUGCAAUUGUUCAGCUUCAUUCUCCUGCCGAGGAUUUUGAUCCCUGCCAAAACGUAUUCAUACUAUUUCUAGUAGUGUUUUCUUGUCUUCUUGGUUGGCUAGCACAGGAGUCAUGGAUGAACCUUCUCCUUAGCCUCUCUAUGUUCAUCUUUUCCACAUCUCUCGUCAAAUCCUACUGCUUGGUUGCUGACCGUUUUGAACAUGAACAACGAGAACGCGGACCCCAUGGCCAUGGCCUCUUGUUCUUCGUAUAGUUGUAUAUCACUGCUUUUAUCUCUGAUUUUGUACUAACCACUCCGGUUUUUACUGGUCUCUCUUGAACUUUUACAUUGAUGUACGGAUUUCAUGAGUUUAUAAUGGGUAAAUAUUCCUUUCUAUUGAAGUUUUUUUUUCUUUU